AUGGCCGCGCUGGCCGCGGCCCCUCGGGCGUGGCUGCUCGCGGCGGCGCUGGGGGCGGCGGCGCCCCUGGCGGCCGAGGCGGUGACGCCCGUGCAGAAGGCCCUCCAGCUGAUGAAGGAAAUGCAGCAGAAGUGCGCCGAGGACCAGGAGACCGAGGCUGUCCGGUACAGUGCGUUCAAGCAGUUUUGCAACGGUACGGACGCUGCGAAGUCGGGUGCCAUCCACCGCGCAACCAUGCGCGUCGAGAAGCUGGACGCCGACAUCGCCAAGGCGGCCGCCGACAUCGAGACGAUGGGCGCGCGGGUGGCCGAGUUGCAGGCGGACGUCGCCCGCUGGGGCAAGGACGAGGCGGCCGUCGGGGAGAUCCGCCGCAGCGAGCAGGCGGACUACGCCGCCACGCGGGACGAGUACGCGGGCGCCGUGGCCGUGUGCGACCGCGCUGUGAGCCUCCUGCGGUCCCUCGCGCACAAGGACCGUGCGAAGAAGGAGGCUCUCGUCGCGCACAGCGUCAAGGUCGCCUCGCGGGAGCUGCGCGCCGGCGCGGCCGCCAAGGCCAACCUGUCGACCUUCGACGCGGCCAUGCGGGCGGACGUGGUGCAGUUCAAGGCCUCGGAGGCGCGGCGGCGGGAGGCGGAGCGGCGCGCGCAGGACCAGCAGGCCGCCCGGAGCUGUACGACGAAGCGCGGCAAGCCGCUCAUCAACUUCGGGACCUCGCUCAAGUGCCAAGGGUGCAGGCUCCACAAGAAGGACGUGUACGGCGGGCCUGUGCCGCCGAAGGAGCCCUCGAUGCGGGCCCCAGCCAAGGGCAAGAAGCGGGCCCCGUGGACGGCCGAGGGCAAGCUCGAGGGCGAGCUCGCGGCCAUGCGGGCGGAGCUCGACGCUGCCAGGAAGAAGCUUCGUACGCAGGAGUCCGACCAGGGCGGGGCCGCGGCCAUGCACGUGGACGACGGCAAGUCAGGCGAGGACGCCUCGGCUGCGAGCGAGAUCAAGGUGUGCGAGGCAGGCCUGGCCACGCUCAAGGACGUGCAGCACGACUGGGCCACGGGCCCGCGGGAGGAUCUCAAGCGCAGGCUCGCCGCCGCCAAGGACAGGCUCUUCGCCGCCAAGCCGCUCCACGCGCGGGUGCAGGCGCUGGCCCACAGGCAGAAGAAUCUGGCGGACAAACUCAGCAAGAUGGAGCUGGCCGAGCGCGAGGCGGAGGACCGUGUCAAGAAGGCGCAAGACGAGCUGGAGCUCAAGCGGCAUGGUGUCAGAGAGCUCAAGGCGCAGCAGGUGGCCCUCCAGGCGGAGCAGUCGGCACUCCAGCAGCAGGUCCCAGUCGCGCCAGAGGAUCGUCCGCCUGGGCAGUCCAUGGAGCACGACGUCAUCAAGAACACGGGCGGCCUCACCCUCGGCGACCUGGCGCAGGCUCUCAGCGGUGCUCUGGCCGCUCACCCCGACGACACCAUGCAGACCGCGGGCGAUUUGCCGCAGCGGCUGGCCUCGGCGCUCGGCGGGCCCCUCCAGGAGCUCAUGCUGCGGCGGCAGCGCGAGCGGGCCGCCGCCACGGAGGCAGCGAGCGCCCCUCGCACCCCUGCAGCGUCCGUCGAGGGAGACGACGCCGCCGCCGCCGCGCAUGGCGCAGGCACUGCAGGCGGCGCCGCCCCUGCAGCCGCAGCGCCGCGCUGGGAUCCCGCCGCGAUGGAGCCCGAGAAGCUGCGGCAGACCAUGGCGGAGUUCUCGCCAGGGCCAGCAGAGGAGACCAGCGACGCCAUGCUGGCGCGCGCCACGGAGCUGGCCGUCAGGGGCACUAUCACUACCAGCAACGUGACUUCCUGGGGUUCAUUGGCGCCGUGCCUAGAGACCCUCGAGUCGCACGUCGUUCUCGUCCAGGAGCAUCACCGACGGGACGAGGCGAAGCUCGCCGACCUGCAGCACGAGGUGCUGGAUCACGGGUUCGCGGGCAUCUGGGCGCCAGCAGUGGCAGGCCCCACCUCCGCGGAGGGCACUACGGGCGGCGUCGCGGUCUUGGCCCGCAAGAACAUCCCCGUCACGGCCCCGCCGCUGCUGCCCUCGGCGACACUGUGGCCAGGGCGACUGGUGGCCGCCCACGUGCACUGGGGAGUCCGUGGCGGCAUUGUCUUCGUGUCGGCCUACCUGGUCGACAGCGUUGGCAUGAACGACGUGAACCGAAGCAUCUUCGGCGCGCUCACUCGCUACCUCACGAAGCUCACGGCCUCGGGCAUCGAUUGGAUCGUCGGCGGCGACUUCAAUGGGCCUCCCAGCUGCCUGCCCCUGGCGCAGUUGGAAAAGGCGGGGGGCCUCUGGCUAGCGCCGUCGGCCGACACCUGCCGCCCACAGGCGGGCAGCGGCUCGGUGCUGGACUACUUUCUGGUCGGUGCAAACCUGGCCAGCCGCAUCUCGGCUCCGAGAGUGGAUGAGUUGGGCAUCACCUCCCCGCACCUCCCUGUCAACAUGGAGCUGCGUGCCGCCGACCUGGACAUGCGCGUGAGGAUCCCGAUCGCCCCCAGGGCGAUUCCAGCGGUGCCGCCCAUCGGCUGCAGCCGCGGUGUCGAGGACUGGGCGCCCACUUUGGCCCAGGUGCGCGCCACAACCAGCGCCGAGGAGCUGCCAGCAGCCUGGGACGCCGUCGUCAGCACCUUGGAGCAGGAGCUGUUGGACCGCUACGACCAGGUUGGCGAAGCGCGCAGGCGGUUCGAAGGACGUGCGGGGCCCAUUGCGACCAAGCUGGCGCCAGUCAAGUGGAAGCCGCAAGGGCAGCGUGUCCGAUUGGGGCCUGAUGUCAUCGCGGCCAAGGUCGCGGGCCGAUGGGCGCGUCACUUCAUGGGGGUCAGCGCGUUCCUCGCGAAGGCCAGCAGGAGGCUGCAAACCGCCAGCCUGCAGUGCUCCCUUGUCCCUGAGCAGUACCACGAGCUGGCGGACUUCGUCGCGAGGGCUUUGGAGUAUGGGCGCGUGGUUAUGGACAGCAAGAAGACGCUGGCACUGCUCCCGCAUUGGGUGAGGUCCUUCUUCGAGCAGGGCUUUCGCGUGAUCGGCAACACCGACUUCCUGGAGCAGGCGGGCCGCAUCGUCCAGUUCGCCAAGGACGCCCACGCGGACGCGCUCAAGGUCAGGCAGCAGAGCUGGAUCCAGUGGGCCAACGACAGCCUGCGGAACGGCGCUGGCAAGGCGCACCGCUUCACCAAGCUGCGGGCGAUGCAGGAGGUGCUGGCGCAAUGGCAGGGCACCCACACCGAGCUCACCACUGGACGGCUCGCCCAGACCUUCGUCCCGCAGCAGCAGGUCGCCAGCCAGCACCUGAUCUGCGACCGGGAGAUGAAGGCCUGGGAGGACGUCUGGUCGUGCCACAAGCUCGAGGCGCUGGAAAGGCCAGCUGACUUCGACGAAUGGGACGACCUCGAAGACCUCACCGUGGAGGCGCUGCAGCGGGCCGCCUGCAGCUUCCCCACCACCACGGCGCUCGGCCCAGCGCAGAUCGGUAUGCGCGCGCUCACCUUUCUCACGGACGACGGCGUUUACACCUGCGGCCAGCUCUUCAUGAAGUGCGAGGCGCUGGGGGCUUGGCCCAGCGAAAGGCUGUGGCACGCUAUGUGCCGCAUCCCCAAGGCCUCUGGCGGCUGCAGGCUGAUCACGCUGAUGCACUCGCUAAUCCGAUGGUGGUCGAGGGCUCGUGCCUCGACGUCCAAGGCGUGGCUGACGGCGCACCCCAAUGCCAGUAUUUGGGGCAUGGGCGGCGGCAGAUCUUCCUCCGACUCCGCCUUCGACCUCAACCUUGAGACGGAGGUAUCGGACUGCCUGGACGAGCACGUCGUAAUCGUCAUGCUGGACGCCUGGAAGUUCUUUGAGACGAUUAAGCCCGAGUGGCUACUCAUCGAGGCGCGGCUGCUGGGCAUGCCGCUGCGGUUGGUCUGGAUGUUGAUUGAGCUAUACAGGCAGCCGAGGCGGCUGCAAGCUUUCGGCUCGGUGUCCUACGCGGUCGUGUCACAUCAGGGCGUGCUCGCAGGAUGCACUCACGCCUGUGCCAUGGUCACCUUGCUCAUGUUCAGGCUGCUCGAGCAGGUGCGAGAUGCAGGCGUCACCCCGAGGGCCCUCAUCGACGACGUCACCUUGCAGUGGCGCGGGAGGCGGCUCUCGCAACUGGGCGUGCUUUGGGCGGCCACCACCAGGUUCCGCGAGGGCGCCCAGGAGCGAGGCAUUGUCGUGCAGCCCACCAAGUCGGGCUACUUGGUCUCAUCGGACGCGGCUGCUCGCGAGUGUGCCCGACACGCGGCGGCCCGCAAGCUGACCAAGAUGCGCUGGGCCCGCAACCUGGGGCACGAUCUGGGCGGGCGCAGAAUCGCUAGGCUCCAGACGGCAAAGCGGGUGCGGCAGCUCAAGGAGCGGCGCGGCAAGUUGGCAGCUUUCAAAGGGGAUACGGCGAUCAACCUCCUCACCACGUGCCCGAAGGACGUCAGGAUGCAUCUGACCGGCGGCGUGCAACGCUGGCAGGCGAGGCAGAUCGCGGCGCACCACCGCCAGCACGGCGAGGUCAAGCCUUGGGUGCGGGCCAUGCGGCUCUGCGUGGGCGACGGGCGCGCGGCGUUGGCGGAGGGCCCGUCGGCCACCAGCCUGCGUCACCACUGGGCGACGGUGGCCUGGACGCAACAGGCCCAGCACGACCUUGGGCUGGCGGCGGCGCCGAAUUGCAGGGCCUGCGGACAUCCGUCCGACUCGCCUGGGCACAGAUUUUUCGGCUGCGAGGUACUCGUGCAGCCGCUCACAGAGGAGGAGCAGGACGAGCAGCUGCCGCCCGAGCCGAUGCAGGCCAUCCGCACCUUCAUGUGCGACAAAGGCCUGCAGGAGGGCGGCAGCUUCGAGAGCGCCGACUUCCAAAUGUGCUUGCCCUGCAUGCCGCCAUUCGUGCCGCCCGCCGCGGAGCAGGCCGAGGUGAAGUUCUGGGGCUGCUGGCCUAGCCAAGGGGCGGACACGGCUUCCUGCAGCAACGCCGUCUUCACCGAUGGCUCAGCGCGGCCUGAAGUGAGAUGGAUCCCCGCGCAUCAGGACAUGGAUGCGUACUUGGACCGAGGCCUCCACCCGCUGCUGUACUCUGGCAACAUGUGGGCCGACUGGUUCGCUCGGCAAGGAGCCAUGCAGCACACCGUGUCGAAGGUGUACGAGGAGUUCUACAACAUCGAGCUGCAACACUACAAGAGCCUGGCAAAGUACGUCGGCUGGGCGAUGCAGAGGACGAUGCACGCAGGCCGCUGGGAUGCGCCCGAGCAGACAGCCCGCCCGCCAAAGGUGCCCAAGGUGCAGGCGGCGACUGUGAUCAGCCACUCCCUGGUUCGCCUGAACGGGACGGCGGUGGUGCUGUGCCGCGCUUGCUGCAGGCAGACCAGCGGGCAGACGGGGCCCACAUGGACGCAGUUCGCGCGUUCAGCUUGCGAGGCCAGCCAGUACACCGCGCUGCGGGCCGAGGCCAUCAUCGCGCACGUCGGCGCGCAGCCCAUUGUGGUCUCGGAGGCGGGCGAGUUCGCUAUGCAGGCGAUCGAGCGCGCGGCGUGCCCCGAAGAUGCGGGGCCCAGGCCAGCCGAGCCUGCCCCCUGGGGCUCAGGGGACGGCACCAUCGAGAUGCAGGGGCACAGGCUGAGGCGCGCAGGGCCCACCAUCUACUGCGAGGUAUGCGUGGCGUGGGCGGCGACAGGCUCCUCACUGGCCCUGGCUGCGCCCUGCGCUGGCCCGCCCAGCGCCGAGGGCAAGAACCAGCGCACCUACCUGUCCAACCUCAGGGCGCGGCUCAAGAAGCUCAGCCAAGGGCUGCACCCCAAGACAGGAAAGGUGCUCACUUGGGGAGGUGCAGGCGAGGCUCCAGACGGCCCCAGAACAUGGGCCACAGCGGCGGCCAGCGCGGCCGCGGGCGACAUGGCCUCUGGGGGCGACGGCGCUGCAGAGCGGCCAAGCGGCAGGCACGCGCAGAAGGAACAGGGCGAGGCGACCAGGCCUGGCCAGGACCACGAGACGCGCGAGGUGCCUGCAGGGGCUGGAGGUUCCGACGCAGUCCAGACCAAGAAGCCUGCUUGGCGGGUGCGACGGCAGGAGCUCCUGGAACGGAUGCAGCGAAGGCAGCAGCAUCUGCUAGCCGAACGUGGUCCAGCAGCCGCCAGCGGCGCGCAGCGUGAUGAGGGAGACAUGGCCGACGGCAGCUUGCCCUCGGCCUAUGGAGCGCACCAAUGCCCCGACGGGGGCACCACUGGACUGGUGACGCUCCAGCCGCCGCCAGCUGCCCCAGACGUGGGGGUGGUCGAUGCCUGUCUGGCGGCGGGGCCGUCGCGGCUGCCUGCGCCCUUGAGGUGUGACCUGGCACACGAGGUGACGCUGACCACGGACCACCAGGAGGGCGCCGUGACCAGCCCUCAGGACAUGAGCAGCCCGCCGCAGCCGUUCUCGACUACCGAUAUGGCCAGCACCAGGGGUGGCAGGGGACCUGCAAAGUGCGGUCGCGAAUGCGGCCCCGCCCUGAGUGCUGGCAGGUCUGACAACUCGCAGCGGGCGCUGCCAGGCAUGGCCAGUGACAAGGGUGGCAGGAGGCCUGCAAGCCGCGACCCUGAGUGCGGCCCCACCUUGGGCACUGGCGGCGACGGCAGCCAGGCCCACCGCGUGCGGCGACGAUUUACGGCCUGGGCCAGGGGUGGCAGGGGACCUGCAAUGUGCGUGCGUGAGUGCGGCCCCGCCCUGAGCCCAGGAUGCGACGAGGACCGCGACGGCAAGGGUAUGGCCAGCGCCAGGGGUGGCAGGGGACCUGCAAAGUGCAGUCCUGUGCGCGGCCCCGCCCUGGGCACUGGCAGCGGGUCUCUGGAAGCGGCGUCGCCUGAGGAGGACCAGCGGCAGCCGCAGCUGGCUUCUGGGGAGGCGUGUCCACGUGCAGCUACGGCUGGUGCCAGGGGUGGCAGGGGACCUGCAGUUUGCGGUCCUGAGUGCGGCCCCGCCCUGAGCACCAGCACCCACCCCGAGCGGCGACGGAUUACGGCCUGGGCCAGGGGUGGCAGGGGACCUGCAAUGUGCGUGCGUGAGUGCGGCCCCGCCCUGAGCCCAGGAAGCGACGCGGACCGCGACGGCAUGUGCAUGGCCAGCACCAGGGGUGGCAGGGGACCUGCAAGUGCCGACCGUGUGUGCGGCCCCGCCCUGAGUGCUGGCAGAGUUGCGGUGGCUCGGCCUGAGCCAGCGCAGCCGAGGCGCAGCGUCGCGCCCAGGCUUGAGCUGCAGGUCGCUGGAUGGGCGCGGUACUGGACCCAGGCUCCCGAGGUCGGCGAGACGAUGGAGUGCUACAGCGAGUGGCUCGACCACUGCGUCGGCUACGUCACGCAGAUCCUGUCCCAGCCGCGCUUCGCCACCAGGCUGCGGGCGCGUGGGAGGACGGCCGAGGAGAUGGCCGAGGAGAUCUGCGAGCGGGCCUGGGGGACUGGCAUGCCCGCGAGGCGGGCCUACUACAGGUGGCGCCACACGCUGACGCGGUCGCAGAGGAUCGUGUCGGACUGCAUGCGGCGCUACGACUACGUGUGCCUGCGGACGUGGCUGGCCGAGCUGCGGGCUGUCUGCUGGCUGGAGCGGAUGUCGUGGCUUGUCCUGCCACCUGACUGGCCGUCAAGCCGUGCGAAGGCGGCAGUGGCCUCGCGUGGUCUGCCGGGGCCUCGCUCGCCGCAGUUCGUCAGGAUGCCGUUCCUCGAGAGGCUGGCCCCGUGGGUAGGCGAGGGCCCCGCAGCGUGGCUGGCGCUGGCGGUUGCCGCGCGCGCGGGGGACUUCCGCGGCCGGCGCGCCCAGGCGCGCAGGUGCUCGGCCGGGGGCGCAGACGAGGCGUCGCGCGCCUCAGGUCCGGCUGUCAUCCUGAACCUCUCGGAGGUCCGCGCGCAGGCGGCGGAGGACGGGCGCGACGUGCAGGCGCGGGGGCUGGCCGCGGAGGUGCGGGCGCUGGGCGCGUCCUCGCGGGCGCGGGCGGAGAGGGACGCCGCCGUCGCGGCGCUGGACGAGGCCUCUCAGCGCGAGAAGGUGGCGGGCGCCAGCGGCCCGCUCGUCGCGGCCGACUUUCCGUACCUUCCACGCCGCUCGCGGGCGCCGGCGCUGCUGCAGCUGAACGGCUCGGAGGAGCCGAACCCCCUGCUGUUCAAGGAGGCGCCCGUCGCGUACGGCUACCAGGCCAGGUCCAAGGAGCGGGGCGGCGUGCUGGAGAUGCUCCUCGAGCUCCGCGCCAGGUUCAUCGAGGAGCAGACCGACCUGGAGAAGGAGGAGCUCGGGGCGGUGCACGCCCACGAGGCCCUGCGGCAGAGACUGCACGGGCAGGUCUCGCAGGCGGAGUCGGAGAUCGAGUUCAAGCAGAAGCGCGUGGCGGAGCGCCAGGGCGAGCUCGCCGCGGGCCAGGGCGAGAAGGUGGAGCUGGAGGUCGCACUGGCGGACGACCAGAAGUACCUGGGGGACCUCCGCGGCCUCUGCGCGCAGAAGGCCCUGGACUUCGAGGCGCGGCAGAAGAUCCGCGCCGAGGAGAGCCAGGCGCUCGCGAAGGCCGUCGAGGUCUUGACGGGCAGCUUCCCGGCGGAGCCGGCAGCCGCUGCGGCCAGCCCCGGGGUGGCUCUCGUGCAGGUCGGGCGCGGCGGCGGGGCGGGGCCCGAGCAGCAGCGGGCGCCGCCGAUCCAUGCUCGCCGCGCGAGCCGCGGCUCUCGGCAGCCGCGACCUGGCUGCGGCGGCGAGGAGCGCCAAGGAUCAGAGGUGAAGAAGAUGAUCCGGGACCUCAUCACCAGGAUGAUGGAGGAGCUGCACGCCAUGGCGGAGCACGAGGGCUGGUGCGACACGGAGAUGGGCACCAACGCUCUCACCCGGCGGGACAAGGCGGAGGCCGCGGACGAGGCGGCCGCCGAGCUGGACAGGCUGGAGAACAAGAGGGUCAGGCUGGCGCAGGACGUCGAGGACAUUCAAGAGGAGAUCGGACAGCUGUCCGCCGCGCUGGCAACGGCGACCGAGGAGCGCGCAGGCGAGAAGGCGGAGCACGAGAAGGCCGUGGAGGAGGCCAAGGAGGGACAGAGCGCCGUGGCGCAGGCGCUGGCAGUGCUGCGCGACUUCUACGAGCGCAGCGCGGAGGCCACGUCGCUCACGCAGGAGGCGAGGUCGGGGCAGUCGCCGACCGAGGACGCGCCAGAGACCUGGACCUCCUCGUACAGGGGCCAGGGCCAGUCGGCGAGCGUCCUCGCCAUGCUGGAGGUGGUCCAGGCGGACUUCGAGCACCAGCAGGUCACGGCGGAGACCGCCGAGAUGGAGGCCGUCGCCGCGUACAAGAAGUUCGCCGCCGACUCCGAUAGGGAGGCGGCGGUGCUCCGGACCACCCUGGAGGCGAAGCAGCGGAAGGCGCAGGAGGCGGAGUCGCUCCAGGCCUCCACGCGGCGCUCGCUGGACCAGACGCAGAGGGAGCUGGAGGCGGCUAACAUCUACUACGAGAAGCUCAAGAGCGCAUGUCUCGCCAAGGUCGACUUCGACGAGCGCAACCGAAAGCGAGAGGAGGAGAUAGAGUCCCUCACGGACGCCUACAAGGUCCUGAGCGGCGAGGACCUGCCGUCCGUCCAGGAGAUGAAGGCGGAGCAGAUCGGGUCGCCGUGA